CUUUUUAGGUUUUGGUGACCCUUCAGUGUUAUCUUUCUUUUUAGGUUUUGGUAUUUCCUUUUUUAUGUUUCAAUGUCUCUUUUGUGGAAAUUAAGUUUGUUUUCGUUUCACCCUUCAAACGCGUGGGAUUUUGACUGAGUCUUUAGACAUCCUGAAUGAUCCUUACGUCAUGUAUACGAAUCCUCAAGGCGAAAUUACUACGGUGUUGAAUAUUGCUUGUCACAAAUCUUUGUUUAACAAAAAUUAUCCUUCACAUAUCAUUAUAUGUAUUUUGGGAUUAACGGGUCCAAUAUAUGGAGAAAUUAAAAGGAUUGGGGACAUGCAAUUGGGUGUUCCAACUCAAUGUAUUUUACUCAAACGAUUAGUGAGAAAAAAUGGAAUCGAUCAAAUUUGUUCAAACAUCUUUUUGAAAGUGAACGCAAAAUUAGAACAGACAGUGAUAUUUGGAGCUGAAGUUUUCCAUUCUGGAAGAGGUGAUAAUAGGCCAAGUAUUGCAGCUGUAUGUGUCUCAUUGGAUUCAAAAGCUACUAGAUACGGAAGAUUUAGUGUUAAUAAGGAUCCUCGAAAUGAAAUUAUUGAAGAUCUCAAAGGAAUAAGAAGUUGGCUCCAGCUUGGAAACCAAAAUCCCAAGUAUAGUUUCAAAAAAAGGAAUUCAAAACUUUAGAAAAAAGAUUUUUUUAGCUUUUUUUUAGUAUAGAUUAAUAUCGAUACAAAAUAGAUUUAAUAUAGAUUUAGAUAGUUGAUACAAUGAAGCUGUAUUAUAACUUUGAGUAAACUGUAAUAUUACUUUAAAUAAACAAUAUAUUUACAUUAAAUAAACUACAUUUUUGCAUUGUAUUUGUUACAUAUAAACUUGCUGGACUCUCGAAAUUAUUCACAGUAUUUUUAUAUUCGCUCCAUAUGGAUACCCUACGUUAAACAUAAAAUAGCGAUACGCCUACUACUUUUUUAUAAUAUAUAUAGCGGCUACAUAGCUACUACACAGUCCCGAUUUUG